AUGUCACCGUACGGCUCCAAGCCCAGACAGCAAAGCGAGCUAGCCACACUGCUUCUCAAUGACCGCCAUGGCCACCUUCCCACGAACAACCCUCCACCCAACCCGCCUCCGCCAAAUCGCCCUCGUCUCCCCGGACCUGCCCAAAGCCCGCCACCUCCUCACCACCAUCUUCGGCGUCCCAGUAGUCUUCGUCGACCCAGCGUCGGGCAAUGGGGUCUCGAGAACUUCCUCGUCAGCAUCGGCGGCGACAUCAUCGAGGUCGUCGCCCCUUCUAAGCCUGGCACUACUGCUGGGAGGCUACUGGAGCGGAGGGGUGAGGGUGGGUAUAUGAUUAUUAUGCAGACUGGCGAUGCGGAGGCGCGGAGGAAGGAGGUUGAGGCCGCGGGCGGCCCUAAGGUCAUCUUUGGGCAUGAGUUUUCGCACCAGUAUGAGAGCUGGGACGGAGAGAAGGACGAAGGAUGGUGCAUUCAGUAUCAUCCGAAGGGUACCAAGGGUGGGAUGAUGCCUGAGCUGGAUUCGCAUGCUGUGUGCGAGCGGAACUCGGAUCCACUUGGGGAGAGGUUCUCGCCGUGGCAUGCUUGUGGGAAGGAGUAUGAGCGGUAUGUCGAGUUGAUGGAGGAGUCAGGUGAGUUGCAUCUGCUGGGGUGCACAUUGAGGCUGGCUGAGGGAGAUGGCGACGUGGGAGGAGCGGCGAGGCAGUGGUCGGAUCUGUUUGGGAUUCCGUUGUCAAGAGGCGAGCUGGCGUUUACAAACGCACGGGUGGGUUUCGUGAAGGGUCAGGAGAAGAGGUCGGAGGGCCUCACUUUGAUCACUAUUGGGGUUGGGUCCGAGAACAGGUUGUCUGGCAUAUUGAACCGAGCACGUGAGGAAGGGCUCUGGCGGGCUGCUGACGGCAGCUUCCUCAUGCUGGGAAUAAUGUGGAAGGUCGUGUUGCUCGACGGUUAUAUCAAGGCGAGGCUGUGA